AUGAAUCCGUCGGCGAAGCGGCACGCAUACGAGCUGCUGCUGCCGCAGCAGCAGGAGCCCACAAACCCGCUGUCUGCUCAUCAGAGUUGCAGAGGAAGCACAGGUGCCAGUGGUGAGAACACCACCCUUCCACAGCUCUCGUCAAACUCGGUACCUGCGACGAUCCACAUCACCGAGCCUUCUGCUAACUCUACUCUCAUGUUCCACUCAGCAGCAGCGUCGACUUUGGUGCCCAUCCUCCACGGGCGGACGGGUGCUGCAGCAGCUGCGAGAGAUGUCAAUGACGGCAAUGCUGGAAUGCACCCUCGUCCCAGAAGGAGGGUAAGCCAAAGCUACCCCGGGGCGCUCACCUCAGCGGUGCCGUCCAUGGCGCUGGCGGUGGUUCCCUUCACGGGCAGUGACGGCGUCGGCAUCAGCUCACCACAACGUGGUGAUUCGAGAGUGGGCGGUGCUGGCCAGGAUGGAAACAACACGCAUGGUAGCGGUGAUAGCGUUGGCUACUACUCUGGACCCUCCCCGUAUGCCAAGCUGGCCCCGUUGUCGCUAAGCAGGGAGCGAGUGUGCCCGCACUGCCUUCGGUCGUAUGAUGUCUUUGACGACAGCGAAGGCGUCUUCGACCAGGCGACGUUCUUUCACGUGGAUGCAACGACGGCGCCAUCGUCGCUGCGGCCCUCAAGUCAUCGGAAACUGCUCCCGCCGCCGUCGCAGGAGGGGGAUGAGCAGCAGCAGCAGCAACCAUCGGCGUCUUCGCGCUUGUACACUGACAACGCAGGGGAUGGCGGAAAUGCCACUGGGCAGCUGUUGUAUAACGGGUGCAGCACGGCCUCUGGAUUCGAUGAGGGCAGCAGUAAUGGCACCAACCGCAGCGGCAACUACAUUGCGGCCUUGCGUCCACCAGCUGCUGCGUUCACCUCACACUACUUCCGUGCGCUACCCCCACCCUCGUUCAUCACAGCGGUGGGAGCCCACAACGCAUCGACUCUGCUUGCCAUCGAGGACUACCGCCCAUCACUGCUGCACGAUAGCCCGAGUGGUGAGGAGGAAGCGAGGCAGCCGUGCACAGUGGCUCCCGGACCUGCUAGUGGCGAGGAGGGUAGAGACUCGAGUGGGACGAUGGUGUGCAAAGCAGUUGCCGUGCCGCACUACUCUUAUGUGAGCCCCACGACCUGCACAGGGAUGCGCUCGCAGGUGCGACUGCUGCAGCAGCAUGACGUCAAGAAGACGGCGACAGAGGUAGAGCACGAAAAUGAGGAAUGGCUAUCGUGCGAAAGCGACUCGCUCGUCUACUCCCCCAUCGCUGCGGAGCCGUCGCCGAACAAUGGCUACUACCGUCAUUACUUCAAGGAGCUCCGCCAACUGGGCCGAGGUACUUACGGAGGGGUCUACCUCUGCCGCCACAUCAUGUGCGGCGUCAAUCUUGGUGAGUUUGCCCUUAAGAAGAUUCCAGUUGGCGACAAAGCCACCUACCUGCAGUCGGUAUUGCGUGAGGUGCGCAUUCUCGAGGAGGUUCGGCGACACCCCAACGUGGUCGAGUACAAGCACAGCUGGGUGGAGGAAGCGCAGCUCGCCGACUUUGGUCCACCCGUGCGCUGUCUCUUCAUCCUGAUGGAGUACGCGUCCGCUGGCUCGCUCGACACUUAUCUGGAGCGCUACGGCAACCAUCUCUCCACGCUUGCCGUGUGGUACUUCUUCCUCAGCUCCGUGGCAGGCACGGCGCACCUUCACGAGAAACACAUCUUACACCGCGACUUAAAGCCUCAGAACCUGUUGCUGGCCGCGAUGGAGGGCCGUCCUCCACGCGUGCUGGUCAGCGACUUUGGCACGGCAGCCUUGCUGGGGGACAUCUCGUAUGACCGGUCCGGCGGUACAGGGACGCUCGAGUACAUGGCGCCGGAGCUCUUGGAGACGGCCGCCUCGCCACACGGCAUCAACGAGCGGUACGUGAACCAUCACACGAUGGCCUCCGACGUGUGGUCGCUGGGGAUGGUGCUGCACUACCUCGCCUUCGACGGGACGCUGCCGGAGCGACGCGAGGACGGCAGUGUCAACCUCGACGAGGCACACCGCUCGGCCAACGACAGGCCGCCUGAACUGCUCAAACUGCUCGAGGCUAUGCUGCAGCUCGAUCCCGCAAGGCGGCCGCGCUGCAGCGACAUCCUCGGCUCCCCGAUGGUCCAGUCCAUCAUGCGCAUAUUCAACAAAGAUGACCACAGCCAGUGGGACCUCUCCAUCCAGGAGCAGCAGCGCCUGGCCACUGCGCCGUCUGCGAUCCUCCCGUUGGAGCGUCCAUCCCGCCCACCGGUGUCGGUACCACCUCCCAGGAGCGCACCACUCAAGCUUCCAGAGCCCUCGAGUAUCGAUGUCAGAAACUCACCCCCCAGCGCUCGCAGCCGCAACUCUAUAACCGCCAUCUCCAACUCCUCACCGGGGCGCGGCAUGCGGGCUGACCGCACGAAUGCGAAGGACAAGAGCAACGCACUUCACAGCAGCCGUGUUGAGCUCCUCUCAGCGUCGGCACUGGGGGACACAUCGACGGUGGCAGCGCGUGGCGGAAGCAGCGGCAGCAGCAGCGGUAGCCCCAAGGCCAGGAAGUUGCCUCCACCGCGCCCUCCGUCUACUUUGAUCGUUCAGCAUGGCCAGCAGCAGCAGCGCCUGCAUGCGGUGACCAGAUCACCGCGGACACAACCUUCCCUCUUGAACAUAACUCGGUCUUCAGACUCGCUACCGCCACGCAAGGCUGACGUCGGCGUGCAAACCGAUCCGGUAGUGAUCCUGGAGGAGCAGCAACGACACAGUGGGAGGGACAUGAGUAGUAGUAACUAA